AUGUUCGGAGGAGACGCUGCGCUUCCUUUCUCGCGCCACUCGGACGUGCUACACGGUCCUGUGCCUACGAACCCCACGGAACUGGAAACCCUCGUGGCGGAGCUCAAGCGUCGAGGUAAUGCUGCCUUUCAACAGAAGGCGCUGGAAGAGGCCGAGGUGUUGUACACGCGCGCCAUCGCCGUGAAUGAGAGCAACCCGCAGCAGAACCAGCACAUUUUCUACGCUAACCGCUCAGCAGCGCGAUGUUCCAUGGGCAAGGCAGCUCAAGCGCUGGAGGAUGCCGAAGCCUGCAUCGCACUGGACGCCACGUACGCCAAGGGUUUCUUCCGCAAGGCGCAGGCGCUCGUCAAGCUUAACCGCUUCAAAGAGGCGCUUGUGGUGCUGGACGUGGCUAAGGCGCUAGAAUCCAAUAAUAAAUCGGUGACCACGCUGUACACCAAGGUACAGGAGCUGGCCAAGAAGGAGAAGGAGGCGCCUGCCGCCCCAGCUCCUAAGAAGGUGGUGACUCGCGUGGAAGUGCCGCAGACCAGCUCGGCCUCUGCACCCAAGCCGACUGCUGCCGCCAGCUCUACGGUCGUGGACGAGGACGCUGAGAUUGCUGGCCACGUUCGCGGAUACAAGAAGCUGGCGGACGGACGCGUGACGACGUUCUUUAACAACGAGCUCACGGAGGAGGCCAAGCAGCUGAUUGGAGACAUCGCCCCCAAGAAGGUGGAGGACCCGAACAAGGUCCAGAUCAAGAGCGUGGACGGCGGCUCUGCUUGGAACCAGGGAAACACAUUCGAGGAGAAGGACAUGACGUCGUGGGCCAAGAGAAAGCUGGAGAAGGUUGUGUCGGGAGUAUCGGCACCGCUGGGCAGUGGCGAAGGCGUCGUGACCUCGCUGGAAGUGUCGGACCUCGAGGGCGACGCGUCGAUUGCGGUGUGGCGGGUGAGCUGA